ACAGCGGAAACGUGGACCCGGAGCCGGCCUUGCGGCGCAGCUAUGGGUGCCCCGGGUGGAAAGAUCAACCGGCCGCGAACGGAGCUGAAGAAGAAGCUGUUCAAGCGACGACGUGUGUUGAACCGGGAGCGGCGACUGAAGCAUCGGGUGGUCGGAGCUGUGAUAGACGAAGGACUGAUUACGCGGCACCACCUCAAGAAGCGGGCGUCCAGUGCACGUGCCAACAUUACUCUGUCUGGGAAGAAGCGCAGAAAACUCCUCCAGCAGAUCCGACUUGCCCAGAAAGAGAAAGCAGCCAUGGAAGUGGAAGCCCCUCCCAAGCCAACCAGGACUAGUAACCCACAGCCCAAAUCAAAAAAGAAGACAAAACCCCCCCAGGAUGUAGAUAUGGAGGACCUUGAAGAUAAGAGCUAAUUCUGAAUCUCACACCUUUUCCACCAGAAGAUUCUCAAGCUGGAGCCAAGAGGACUCGAUGGUUAUUUCAGAUGAUUUUGGAGAGAGCAUUGCUCCUUUUCAUUCUCCCUGUAUUCCUCUUUCCUAAUGGCCUACUGACCUGCCCUGGAGGGAUGUAUUGAGAAAAAGAGAGUAGAAAAGAAAAAUUGCAGAGGGAGUCCUAAGCAGUCAACUGCAUUUGUAAUAAAGCCUCCUCGUUCCCACUGAGAUGUGUGUGAUUAAAUGUAGGAAUUGGGAUGGGAAAAGGAAAAGGGGCCGUGAGUGUGGAAACAAGACAACUGGAAAACAGGACUCAGAGCGCUUACUUGAGCAAAGGCAACAAGAAGUUAAGCUCCUUGGUGGCCCUGUCUCCCCAGUGACAAAAUUUCUGACAAAACUGAGGAUUACUGUAGAGAUGUCGGAGGAGGCGAGGGUCCUGAAAACAGCCCUGCCACCUCCCCUGUGUGACCAGGGUGGAAAAGUGACCAUGAUUGUCUUUGCUUCCAUUGCUGGAUUAUAUUUUUAAUAAAGUGAACAUUAUUUUACCCUUUUUACGCUCAGAAAUUCUGUUUGUUGGAAGCCAGGGCAAGCUCCUGGAAGAAGGGAUUUUGAAAAUUUCAAACCUUCAGUAAAGUUGAGACAGCACAGUGAGCCCUUAUGUAUGUACUCUAUCUGGGUUUACCAGUUUUUAACAUUUCGCUCACUAUACUUGAUCUCCCUACCUGCUUGCAAAUAUGAGUUUGUUCAAGUACAUAUCAUUGUUGUCUUUGCUGACUCUUGAAAGUCAAUUGCAGGUGAGAUUUUAUCCCUAUGGCUAUGUUCUAUAUAGCCAAGACACCUAAGACACUUAACAUUAGUGGAAUAGCUAAAAUUCAGUUUUUCAUAUUCAAAUUUCCUUAGUUGUCCCAACAAUAUUCCUUAUAACUGCUUAUUGUUUCCUCAAUCCAGAAACCAUUAAGAAUCACACAUAGUAUUUAAUUGUCAUGCCCCUUUAGUCUCCUUCAAAUCAGAAUACUCUUGUCUUAGAUGACUUGGUAUUUUUUGAAGAGUCCACUCAAAUUAAUAAAAAAAAAUUAAUAAAAGAGUAUCUCACAA